AUGGGUCGCGUUCGUACCAAGACCGUCAAGAAGUCCGCCAAGGUCAUCAUUGAGCGAUACUACCCCAAGUUGACCCUCGAUUUCGAGACCAACAAGAGAAUCUGCGAUGAGAUUGCAAUCAUUGCCUCGAAGCGUCUCCGCAACAAGAUUGCUGGCUACACAACACAUUUGAUGAAACGUAUUCAACGUGGUCCCGUCCGUGGUAUCUCCUUCAAGCUCCAAGAAGAAGAGCGUGAGCGAAAGGAUCAAUACGUCCCCGAAGUUUCUGCCCUCGACUUCACUCAGAACGAGAACGGACUGGAGGUGGAUACUGAGACAAAGGAUCUCCUCAAGAGCCUUGGUUUCGAUUCUAUUCCAGUAAACGUCGUCCCAGUCUCCCAACAACAAACCGUCGAGCGUCCCCGCAGAUUCAACGAUCGUCCUCCACGUGCAUAG